AUGGGUAGUGAAAGUCCGGUGAAGAGGAAAAUUGAGACUGAGGAGUCAUCAGGUCUAAAGCGAACAAAACUGAUUGGCCACGAGGACAUCAAAACCACAAUUGUCAACGAAGUCAAACAAAUUUUUGAAGAACGAAUUGCUCGAUUAGAAUCUAGAGUCAAGUUUUUAGAAGAUGAAUUAGAUUUGAAAGAAGACAGUAGUGGCGCUGUCACUAGCUCUGAGAAUACAGGUGACAAGACUAAAGAAUCGGAGAAGCCAACAAAGGAUGACGGCCAGACACCCACACAGACAGCUUUGCCACCUCCCCUACCUCCCAGAGCAACAUUCGGAAAAACACCAUUUCAAUUCAGAACUGAGAAUAGCAAAGACAAUAAAGAUGAGCCCAAACGUGUAGCUUCAAGUCCCAACCCUGUUUUUGGAGCCACCACGUCCUUUGGCAACUUGAAAAAAGAACCAAAACCUGCUACAGAAAACUCGCAAAAGGUAUCUACAUCAACUUCGAGCUUUGGCUCAUUCGGUUCAAAAUCGCGUUUUGGGAACGCAUUCCAAGAAUCAUUAAAGAAAAAGUCCUUUUUGGACUCGUCAGAUGAUGCUAAUGACAGCAAUAGUGCUCUGGCUGAUGGUAAAGAUCUGUUGCAAACAACCACAGCAACGCAACAGUUUAAACAAGUUGAUUUGAACCCUGUACAGCAAUCAACUGGUGAGGAAGAUGAAAAGUCAUUAUUCACCUGUGGAGCAAAACUAUUUGAGGUACAAUUGGCAAACAUCAGAGAAGGCUGGAAAGAAAGAGGAAUAGGACCUUUACAUUUAAACCAAUCAGUUCAUGACCUGGACCAAGUAAGGAUAGUGAUGAGGUCCCAAGGAUUGUUGAAGGUGAUUUUGAACUAUAAAAUACAAAAGAGCACCGAGAUUUUCGAGGGCUUGGAAGCGAGCUUGGCUCCUGGGAAAUAUCUUCGGUUCAACUCAGUUCUAGAAGGAAAGCCAAUACAGUAUAUGUUGAAAUUUGCCAAUCAGCAAAUAAGGGACGAUUUGAUUCAAAAAAUUAAUGAUUUGAAGUCAAAGAUGUAG